CAGUCAACCAUCGAUCAAAUGUCAAUUAGUAGAUAUAUACAUUAGCAGUUGUCAAAAUUACAAUAUUUUUUGUUAAUCGUCUAUUUUUCUCAAGCGAAAUGAAAAAACAUUUACUUUUAGCGUAGUACACUAUAUUAUUCCAAUAAAUUUGUGAUACCACGAUGACCAACAUACCAAUUCGAUGUUUAAGAAAAGAAACCAGGGACUUGAUAUCUGCUCUAUUAAACCCUAAAAAAAUAAUACCAAACGAGACAGGUCUAUCACGUGAUUGGUAUGGUCUUGCUGAACUAUGCGGUAUAGGGGGUGAGAAAAUACCAAACAUUGAACGAAACAACGAUCCGACAAAGAAAGUUUUAGAAUUGUGGUCUGAAAAGAAUGGGGAUGAAAGUACCACUGCCAAAUUAAUAUCAUACUUGGAAACUCUAGAUAGAUUUGAUGUUAUUGACGAUGUAAAGUUAUUAAUAGAGGAAGAUGCAGAAUAUUACACACAACAUCCUGAGGGUUUUACAGUUUCUAGAGUAGAAAUAGAUGACAAAGAUAUAAUAACUUUUGAUGAUUAUGAGCGUAAAACAGCAGGGCUUCCACCGCAAACUUACGACGCUUUUGUUUUGUUUGAUGAUGAUGAUAUAGGUUUCGCUACAGACAUUAUUCAAACUUUGGAAGGUCAAUAUAGUUUGAAAUUGUGCGUCAAAGAUAGAGACGUACUAGGAGGAGAAUCAAACUAUGAUUCUGUGAUUAGGUUGAUUUCUACUAGGUGCAACAGAGUAGUAGUUGUAGUCUCUCCUUCAUUUUUGGGGAGUCCUUCGAAUAAAUAUUUUUAUACUUUGGCUCAAAUGGAUGGAAUUGAACGAGAAGAGAGAAAAAUAAUACCUUGUAUAUAUAAAGAUUAUCCUGAUAUGCCUUUGCAGAUAAAAGCAUAUCACGUUCUCAAUUAUACUAGAUUACAAUCGGCUUUCGGAAAUUUUUGGGAACAACUCUAUAAAUCAGUCAAAGUUGCUAAAACUUCGUCCACGAAAUCGAACAUGAUAUCUCAAAAAGAAACCAAAGAAGUGCCCAAAAAAACUACCGAAUCAAUGAAACUAUCGAAUCACGUAAAAUUCGAUAGCGAACAGACUAAACAUAUCGAAACAAAACUAUCUACAGUAGAAAUUCCAAUAUCCUCUCCGCCGAUUCCGUCCUCGAAUGAAAAAUUAGAAACGUGCCAAAAGGAAUUGAAAAAGAAAAAUUCUUUAUAUCAAAAAUUCCGAAAAAUCCUCAACCAAAAAACUGAUAAGCAGAAAAGCGUGGAAGAAGUACCAACAAUUAAUGGAACGAUGAAGAAGAAAAAACGAUUUUUCAAAUCGAAUAAAUUGAAAAUCGCAGUAGCGAAUUGAUGUAAGUGCAAAAAAAUAUACAUAUCAAAUAUUUUUAUGACAUUUUAUCACAGUUAUAUAUUAUAAAGAGAUUUUCUAGCAAAUUUAUAUAAUUUUUUUCAAUUUCUUAUCGUUUCCUCUUGACUUUAGGUACAAUUAAUUUCCUUUCACUUUCAAAUAUCCUCCAUUGAAUUUAUUUUCUAUAAAAUAUGUCGAUUUGACAGGUUGUUUUCUCUUGUAUACUGUUCUCGCUUAUCUUUUGUGUUUUAUUUAUUUAUUUCAUUUAACACUCUGACUGCCAACGUACUGAAUUUUGGUUUUUUUAUUAUUUUUGGUCAAUUGUUUAUGACUGACUAAUUGAUAUGGUUAAUUUUGCGUCCUCAGUCUUUUCGGACUGGAAAUACAUCAUUUGGAAAUUACGAAAAAUUUUUUAUUAGAAAUCUUUUACAUUGUUAAAAAGUAAUUUAUGAGCUAAUUUUUAAUUUGUUGAAGGUUUUUCAUUAAUCACUAUAUCGUGCGUAUAAUUGCGAAUAAUUGUAUGUCAAAAAGGUCAUUUUUCGGGAGAGCAAAAACAUUUAAUAAUCUGUUACUUUUUCAUUUUAUUUAUAUAGUAUUAAGGGUUCUAUUCUAUAAACAAUGGUUAUAUUUAACCACAUUGUAUAAUAGGGUGUCCAUUAUUUCCCAAAUUGAAUUUUGUUCUGCAAACGCCCCUCAAAUUUCUAGGUAAUCACCUAAAAAAAAUAUCAGACCUAAACCAGCCCUUAAUAUUCACACAAAUCGUGCCUAAAUCAUUUACCAAUUAAAUAAAAUGAGAUUUUUGUACUUUUUGCAGUUUUUUUCCAUUUAAACAAAUGUAGUUAAAACUAUUUCAACAGCUAUUUCUUGUAGGAAAUUUAACGCUCUACGAAAAAGAUCAGAAUGUUUUUUUUAAUAGAAUUUAGCUUUUAAAAGUUAUUCAACGAUAAAGUUGUAUUCAUGGUUAAAUUCAUAGUUUUCCUAUUUUUUAUUUACUAUCGCUAUUAGUUUGAAAUAAAAUUAUGGAGUAACUCCAAUAGCUCGAUUCUGAAAAUUUUUUUCGUCUUUAUAUACAAUUUUGAAGUUUUCAUUAAAAUUUACACUUUGAUUUUUCGAAAAAUGUAACACAGUUUAAAAGGCACAAAUUUAUGUUCAAAUUGGCACGAUUCUAAAAUUCCUCCAAUAUGGAAGAAAAAAACUACGAGGGAGUUGAUGAAUCAGAUGAAAGUCUGGAUGAAAAACUAACACAGACUAGAAGUAAUAUGAAGAUAAUGAUGGUCUUUAAGAUUAGAGACCAAGUCAUCUUUGUCAGUAACAUGGCAGUCAGAGUGUCAAAUCCCUUUGGAAACUUUUUCAAAUUUUUUUCUCUUCAUUUUGGUUUUUUCUUUAUCAAAUUCCAUAAUUCGUUCAAAUUUUUUUCCGUUGUUUACGAGGGGUAAUCUAAAAUAUAUCACUCUAAUGUUCAAUUUUUGCAAAAUAUUUUAUACGAAAUUAUUUUUUUUUUGUAUAUAAAAAUUUUGCUUGGUUUGAUUACACUAUUUUCUUGUCUAAAAAAAAGUAUUUAGUACUGGGAACCCAUACAUGUUUUUAAGCAAAAUUAAUGAUUUAUUCAGUUUUUCUUUUGCAAAUUUUUAGUUAAUUAAAAAAUUUGUAUGGAAAAAUUGAAUAAAAAUCGGAACAUUCAAUAUUAAAAAUAUAUAUUUGUGACAGCAAAAAACUUGAUCACCAAUUUGGUUUUUUUGUUUCUCUCGCCAUCGAAUUUUACCAUAAAUUUCCUAUACAUGGUUACAUCUCUAUAAAGGAGAUUCCAAAAUAGUCAAGGGGUUUUCCAAAAGAAGUCAAAAGCUCUCUACGGCUAGUUUAUUUACAAAAUUAACAGUUUUCACUUUUUCUUAUGAAAACUAUUGAUUUUAAUUCAUGAGUUUUCUUCAAAUGUCAGUUAAAUAAAAAAAUUUUCCACCAACGAAGGAAUAAUUAGAAAAAAUUCUAUUAACAUUAAGUUUCAAUCGUCAUUUUUUAGUUUUCUUUAAUUCGUGAUACAGGGGGGAUUCCAAAAUUAAGCAAAAAGUUGCUGUUUCCAAAUUUCUAUGUUUUAUUUAUAUUUAUUUAAUGCCCUUCGGUUUCAGUUACAUGUGAGCUUUCAAAGUUAUAUUGUAUCGAUUUACUUUCAAAAUUAAAUCUGCCCAGUUAUUUUUUGUAAAAAAUGGAUAAUUCAAUACUUGAUAAACAUUUUUUUCAAAAAUUUUCAUUCAAUUGAAAAGCUUGAUCAAACAUAUUAUUAAAAUAUAUAGAAAUUGAUUAAAAUCGCAUAAUACAGAUAAAAAAAUCUAAUAAUUCCACGUUUAUCAUUUUUUUAACAUUGAUUUUCGAUUUGUGAUACGCGGGGGCUGCCAAAAGUCCAUAGGAGCUUGUAGUAUAAAAGGGUUGUGACAAUUCCAAUAUUUAGUUUAAUUUUUUUCAACAAACCGCAGUUAAUUAAAAAAAUGUAGUUAUCCACAAAUUUGAAGGUGAAUAGUAAUUUUUUGGGCAAAAUUUAUUUUUCAGAAAUUUUCGGUCAAUUAAAAAUGUGUUCAAAAAUACUAACUAAGUAUUUCAAAAAUAGAUAGAAAUUAAUAUAAAAUGGAAUCGAUUUGGUAGCAAAAAAUUUGAUUAAGGAACAUUUUUUUAACUUUAUCAAGUUCUCUGUGAUUUCUGAUACAAGGGGAUGUCAGAAAUUAGUCAUAUACUCUUUAAUACCAGUUUAACAGUUUCCCCACAAAUUUUUUUACUCCAAAUUCUUUCCAAAAAAAUAAAAUAAAAAGUUACAUAUAAACAGAAUAGAUCUUGAAACUAUUUUGAUAAUUUUUAUUAUUGAAUAAUAGUUUUUGAUGUACACAAAUAAAUCAAAAUAUCAACUUUUGUUACAAAUUAAAAAAUAUCAUCUAUUCAUUAACGUAGUAGCUUGAAUUAUACAGGGGGUAUCAUAAUUAUUGAAAAUUAAUUAAACUUUUUUAAAAAUAUUGAAACACUUUUUACAUCGUUGAGAUUAUUUUGAAAUUGGAAUAAAAUACAGGUUGUUUCGUUUGAUUAUUGUAGAAAAUGCUUUUUAUAGGAAUAGUUUGCUACAAAAGUUGAUAAAAAAUAUUAUUUGAAAUUGAUUAUAUUUUUAUAAAUAUUAUUUUUUAUAUUUAUGAUAUCCACUAGUCAUUAAUUUAAAAUUAUGGAGUUGUAUCACCGUAUUUUUGAAAAAAAAGGAAAAUAGAAAAAACGUGCCCUCAUUUAAAAUUUUUUUAAUGUAAGUACAAAAUUAAAAUGUUUCAUAUAGGUAUGGUUACACGAUAUUUUAUGAAGUAAUUUGUUUAUAAAUUUUUGAACAAAAAUAUAUUUUCAAAAUA